GCGGGGGGAAGCUGCUGACAGACGUCAUGUGACAGGGGCGUGGUAUAAAAUCCGGAAGCACGGUGUCGCUACAACCAACAAGAAAGCUCUCCAUCAUGGCGUACCAGCCUGGAAUUCUGGAGGAGCCCAAUGCUUUGGCUGAUAAAAUUAGCUCCGAUAUCCAGAAGCUGACUCGGCUAAGCUCUGAGCUGCAGAGGGCAGUGUUUCAGCUGGGUACAGAUCAGGAUACCAGCAAGUUGCGACAGAUGCUGAAACAGAAACAGCAGCAAGGCAACCAGCUGGCCAAAGACAUAGACAAACUUGUCAAGACUUUCAGUGCGCUACCUGUUGGCAUCGAUCAGCGUCAGAGAAAGCUGCAAAAAGAGCGUCUGUUGAACGAGUUCUCCGGUGCCCUGAACAACUUCCAGAAGACUCAGCGUCAAGCAGCCGAUAAAGAGAAAGAGUUCGUGGCCAGAGUCAGAGCCAGCUCCAGGGUGUCUACGGGCCCACCUGAAGAUAGCUUUGGGAUUACUCCUUUUCAGAGCGAUCCUCAGGACCAGAUUCAGAGCGAAGCCAUCACUGAAGAUGACCUGAGGCUGAUCCAGGAGCGAGAACUUGCUAUCAGGCAGUUGGAGUCCGACAUCGUAGAUAUCAACGAUAUCUUCAAGGACUUGGGAAUGAUGGUCCACGAACAAGGAGACAUGAUCGACAGUAUAGAAGCCAACGUGGAAACGGCAGACACUCACGUCCAGAAUGCGCAAAAGCAGCUGGCGCGUGCUGAAAACUACCAGAGGAGUUCCCGUAAGAAGAUCUGCAUCAUACUGUCGGUGCUGGUGGUCGCUGGCGUGGUUAUAGGCCUCAUCAUCUGGGCAUCCGUCAAAACAUGAACCAUCCUCCUCCUCCUCAUAUUCACUCAACGGCGACGGAAAACGUAUGAAGCACUGCCUUACCUAUCAUCUGCCUCUUCUCACCCCCUCAUGUUGGGAAUCAUUCGGACUUUCAUUGAGUAGUCGUUUGCCUCAUUUAUUUAUAUUAACGCUACAUGACCAAACGUUCCUCUGCCGUGAAAACAAAAUGGGUUUUUAAUUACUUGUCGAAUCAGCUUAAUGGGUUUUCUGUGUGAGGACCUCUGUAAUGUUUUAGUCCUCACUUGAUUUUUCCAGAGAUGGAUAUAAAAGAUGCUGAAAAAGCAGUUGUGCACCUCUUGUGCUUUAUUAGCGAUGGGUUUCCCAGGAAUGACCAGAUUUCCAGAUGCCACACUGCCAUUUAUAGAGGACAUUAGCUUUAGUCGGCGCGUUUGACUCCUGAUGGGAGGCACUUAAAGAGUUUGCGGUUAUCCUUAAGCAAGUCUCGUUUUGAUAACCACCACAAUUAGCCUUGCGUGUCUGCCUGCAGAACGUGGAAAAAAAAAUCAGAGUUACUUGCGUUAGGCUAACCCAGUCCAGCGAGUCUCCACUCGACUGGAAACACAAGUAAGAAAGGCAAACUGCAAUCGUUGCAUUCAAGAAAACGCUAACAACAGUUGACACCAACGGUUAGAGUCUAGAGUUGUCGGUUUUUAAAGUUGCGACUUACACUCACGUGGUGUACACUCAAGGUGUGUUUUUUUUGUUUUGUUUUGUUUUUUUAAGUAACUAUUUGGGUUAUAGUUCUUGAAGGCCAUAUUUUUGGUCUAGAGUGGAGCUUCACUUUGUGUCUCAUCAUGUGCUAACACUAAGCACUAACAUGUGACUGCACAUGCUAAUGCUAACAGCAUGUUACUACGUAGGCUAAAGCUAACGACAGUUAUAGUUUUCUUUAGUGAGGCCUGUCAGGAGUCGAACACACAGAUAACUCUGGUAAUUCCCGGGAAAUUUUCAUCUCUGUAUCCCAAAACUGAGAAUCCAUGCAUUUUGCUAAAUGUUAAAUUCAUUCUUGGUGGAAAAUUUACAAGGAACUGAUGAAGAAUCUUUUUCAGGGUAGAUGUAACAAGCAUUUGGUCUCAGCUGUCCUCAGCAAGAGUAAGUUGUGAAUCAAAUGGAAAUUUCAGCUUUUACGCUAUUAACAAUUAUGUAUUUACACGAGAUGUUAUAAGACGUAGGCAUGAAAAGCUUUGGUUAUUGGGAAGGUAUACCUAUGUAUAAAAAUGUAUUUUUUUCCACAAAUGAUAUAAAUAAGCAAGGCCACGGUUAAGUCACGUCUUCAGCUGUGUUUCGUGGUUUAACCGAUGUUGUAGUUGACAGUAUACUUAAUGUUUUGACAGCCCAUGAAAUUUAUGUGCUUUUUGUUAAAUCUGUCUCUCUUUUUUAAUAUCGGUAUGGGGAAAAAGUCUUUAAAAAAUAUCUCUAUGAAUUCAAACUUGUCUGACUGGCUCACUCAAGGACAGUAAUAUUGUUUGUAAUGCCAGCAAAAAUUUAACUUAAUUUUUUUUCCCCCUCCAUAAAAAAAAGUUUAAUUCAAUUUCUUUAGUUUUUCUUUUAAAACAUAAACUCUUCAUAUAUCGGCACUGUAUAUUCUGAUUUUCUGCUCUAAUUAAUUCUAACCUUUCAUCACCAAUUAAAGUUACAGCUAACACUUUUUUACUACUGUUUGACUCCGAUGUAAAAUUCUCAUCACAUGUAUAUUUAACAUCCAAAUUUUGUUGUUACAUGCUGAAUAAAGUAGCUGAAUGUACUGAA